AUGGAGCCAGCACUGCGUAAGACGAUAGGCAGUUUGUGCGGCCGCUGCUGGUCAGCCUCUUUGCGCAGCCGGGUGCUGAGUUCGCAACAUCAAGGGAAGGAAAAAAAGCAACUGAUAAAAUCGUUUACCGCGGGCCUCCAUACUGGGUCGUCGUUCCCUGCCAAAAAGCGGGAGAAUUCUUCGAAGGAAGCGAGGGCGAGGAGUUUCCCGUCGAGCACAAGCUCCAAGAACCACUACAGCUCAGGACCAGCGACAACAAGCGUGAGACUGGGCCAAGAUGACUUGUUCCACCCCUUCUCCUCCUCGCCCGUUCCCGAGUUUCGGCGUCGAGCGGCGUUCAUGAAGCAACACGCAUGCUGUCCACACCCGGAUCACAAGCCGACGAAGCUGCCGACUAUCGCGCCGAAGGAUGAGAGCAACGAGAUGACGCCUGGGGAGUUGGCACCGAAGCGGGUGGAUUUUGAGUGCCCAGACUGUGGCUUCCCGGUCUACUGCAGCAAGGAGCACUGGAUGGAACACUACGAGGAGCAUCUAAAAGUAUGCGACACGCUGCGGCAGAUCAACGAGGAUGACCACGAUCUCCGUUCCGGGCGCGUCUUUCACGAAGCGAAUUUGCCGGAUCUGCAGCUGGACGAGGCGGCGAUCAACAUGACGAAUUGGGACACGUUCAUGUACACUCGAGAGUUUGAGGCGAUCAACUCUGACCGCUCCAUGAGGCAGAUCACACGAUUGCUGACGUAUCCCGUCACCAUCGGCAGCGUGCUGCACGAACUGAGCCCGUAUAACAUUGGCAAAGGGGGACGGCUUACGUCCGAGGGGCUGAAGAGCUUCAGUGCUCUGAGGUACAACUUGCAUCCACCCAAAGCUGGGCGCGGCGCUGGGGUGAAGCAGCUGCGUCCGGAGCCGCCUCCGGUCAGGCUGUUCAUCCUUGGUGCUCGAGCGGAGUCGUCGUUGCCACGAUCGGCUUGGGUGCAGCUGGCGCACUUAUUCCCCGAGUCGAGGUUGCAUCUCAUCUUCGUCGGGCCCGAGAGCAUGGCCAACCGAGAUGACGAAUUCCCGUUGCCGGCGCGAACGGCGUCGAAUCCCUUUGGCGCCGUCGUGGAGGACCGUGUUUGGUACAAGAUGAAGAUCAGCACCAUUGUCGACUACUACCAUACGAUCCACAAGACAGGCUACUUUGCGCCCCACGACCCGUAUUUUGAUUGCUUCGUCCUCUUCCAUCCGGGCCUUGGUCACCCGGCGAGCACGCACGAGUGGGAGGAGACGCUGCCGUUGCUGCUGGAGACGAAGGUGCCCAUCAUCAGCACCGGGUACACGCAAUUCGACCUCGAGCGGGACGUUGAGUGGGUGCAUAAGAAGUCGAAGGGCGAGUUUGACGUGCUGCUGGAGCCGGGUGAGAAUAUUUUCCGCAGCCUACGGUGGGAUCUGAACGACAUGGACCCUCAGGAUAUCACCUGCGGCAACUGGGGCGUGUGGGCCUUCCGAGGCAAGAGAUACGAGACGACGACGAAGCCUGAGUGA